AUGGAUGUCGACGAACCGAAGUCUACUGUGAUAUCAGAUUCCGAAGCAGCCGAUGAAGAAAUUAGCAUCAUAUACAGACCCGAAUUCAAUGAAGAUUAUCUUUGGGCAGAAGAAAGGGCUCAAGAAACAUUGGCAACCCAAUCGCUGGAAAGCAUUCAUGCGACAUCAAGCGUGAAUCUGUUUUCUGGAGAAUCUGUUUCCCCUUUAGCAGCAACUAAUGAGCAACAGACUUCAGGCUUGAGAUGGUCUUUGAGAAAAAGGAAGGCUAUUCAAAAGAUGCCAUAUAGUUUAGAAAGGAUAAAGCACAGGCAGUUCUUAGAAGGCUAUGAUAUUACGGGCUUUGAUACCGUUUCAAAUCAGUUAGUUUUACCAGAGAAUACCUUUCCAGUGGUUGAGCAGCAAAAAGUGCCAGUUGCGAAUAGAAGUAACAGAACUUUGGAGGAACAAGAUAACGAUACUACAAACGAUAUCGGGUUCCAAGAGGAUGCGUUUGGAUUAGAAACCUCUGAUAGCGACGAGGUGCAACCCAGAAAAAGACAUCGUAAUUCUAAUAUUCCUAACCACGAUAGGGCCAUUCAACCAGAUGAUUCUUUGGAUGAAAAUGAAGAUCUUGCCAAUAGAAGUUCACAGGACUCUCAAAAUGAUGAAGUUAUAUUCAGAGGAAGAGUUUUGAAUGUAAAAACUGGUUAUCGUGGGGUUUUACCCAGGGUUGCUUGGGAAAAGUCAUUACAAAAGCAGCAGUCUUCGAAAACUACGAAAAGAAGGGCCGAACUAUUACACCAUAAGGGAGUGGCUAAGCGGAAGAUACACAAGAGUUUCCACAAUGAAGAUGAAGAACAAGGGUUGUUAAAUGAUCUUAUUGCGCCAGAUGACGAACUAGACGUUGAUGAAGACAUUUCUCAUGACUUGUACUUGAGAAAUCCCACAAUAGAUCGUGAAGCUAGUGAAAAGGAAAUGAAAGAAUUAAGGGAAUAUUAUGAAAACAAAUAUCACGAAGACGAACCAUUAGCAGAAGCUUCUAGUUUUGAUAUCAAUGGGGAAUACCGGAACGAAACCAUAUUUGAGUUGGAAAAACACGGUCCCAAGAGCCGCUUCCCCCGCAUAUCUUACAAAGAACAACCUAUUAUAUAUUUAAACUCACAACACUCAGAUAGUGGGAUCAGUGAACGGUACAACAUUUCUGAUGAAGAUAAUCAAAGCAUAAUAUCCUCAAACUUUGCAAAAGAGCAUAACGAUGGCAUAAUUGAUAAGAUGCUAGUUAAAGCUAAAGGAAAGAGGCCAUCUUCUGGUUUGAAUAAGAAAACGAGAAGUGCUACAAAGUAUCGGUACCAUCGCGAAAAGCUUGGCAAGUACCAGACCACAAGAGCUAUAAAAGUUGGAAAGAGAUCGGCCCGUAAAUCACGCUCUAUGUCCAUUAAAAAGUCUAUACCACUCAGUUCAAAAAAAAAACAUGCAAUAGAUGAAUACGCUUUUGAAGUUUUAGAAUCAGAACCCCUAAAAAUAGAGGAAAGCUCUUUUAACAAUGCGCAGAAAAAGGAGAAGAAGAAGAAGAGAUCACCGGUAUACCCGAGUAUGUCUACAGAUUCUGAAUUAAGACCAAAAUUAGUUUUUAAUACUGUUGUUGAAGUUCCCACGAAUCGAUAUGCUUUUACAAAGUCAAAAAUGCGCAUUCCCAGCGCUAGCUAUAGCACUGAGUUUAAUGAGGAAGAUCUGAACCAAGAAUCUCGACCAAUAAUGGCUGUUCUUGACUCGAUUUUAAUGAAAAAACCGUUUGACCCGCCUGCUGUCAUUAAAAUCGAGUUGCCUGGCAAGACAUAUGCAUUAUCCAAAUUGAAUCCUGCAGAUAUAUGCACAUCUCUUCGGGAUACUUUUAGGAUCAUCAUCGAUAAAGGUGUCACUGAUACGGAACUAAUUCAUUUUAACGAAAGUCUUGUUGCUUUUUUGGUGCAUCUUGAUAUGCCAGAACUGUUCGAUAUAAUUAGCGAGUUUCACCGUGAAUUUAGGUCGAAAGUCAAUGGCUUAAGAAAAAAGGCUAAACCAAUCCAUUUUUUUCAAAUUGCAACCUGUCAAUUAAUGUUUCUAGAAAUAUCAAGAUAUAACAAAAUUUCAACGGCUUUGAAGUUGGAAAUGGAUACCAAGCUUGUGGAUCAUAUUGUCUCCUUUUUUAAACUGCUCUCUGUAUGCUACGAUUCUGUCACGAAAAAUUCGAUGGAAUAUUUGUAUACGAGUUACUAUAUUCUAUCUUCUAUUGUCGAUAUUAUACAUAAAAAGGAGGGUUUAUGGGACUUAUUGAAAGACCAUCCCUUUUCCCCUCGGAUUUCGCUGUUACUGGUCAAUAUAUUUCCAACAAAAGCAUGCUGCUGGCAGGUUCUGAAGUUGGAUCCUGAGUUUGAACCUUUGAAUUCGGCAUUUCGAUUCAUCAAGUACUGCAUUGAAACCUGUAACUGGAACGUUUCUAAUGGUUUGAUUCUCUCUCUUGAUCGCAUAUUCAAAAGGAGAAGAUUCUCUGAUUUCGAAGAAGAAUCUAUUACAUCGCACAACAAUAAGAUACUAUAUCCUCCAACAAAGCAACCCAUGCGCCAAUUAACGUUUAACAAAUACUUGCGCUUACUGGCAUUGUGUGAGCUGUCUAGUUCCAAUAUACAACGAGUGAUACCAAUGAGUGACAUUUCUAUACACGAUUCGAUAUCGGUUUUGAAGAAUCGUCUGAACCUUUUAAUUGUUUUGGCCACAAACUUUGAUUUGAAUUUGGAGAAACGCUUCCAAGAACUAACACGACCGUUAUAUAGUAAGGACUAUUUAGACUUUCAUACGCCAGAUGCGCUCAAGACGAUAACAGCAUCCAUUAUGCAGGCCAGCCUUUCAUUUUUGGAAAUUAGUCGGAACAAGAAUUAUCCCUUCAAUGGGAAAUUUAUAGUUUCGUUAUUCGGUAAAUUGAUACUACAACAACCUUCUACAUCGAGAAUCACGGAGAACUUCCUGAAGGAGUUCAUACCUUUAGUUGACAAGAUGAAAAGAAAAAGUUUAAACAUGCUUAAAAUGUUGUACUCUUCACUGGUGGCCAUGUCUCAGGAGGAGGUUUUCGAGGCUUCUUCUGUUUUGUUACUGCAGUUAUAUUUGAAAAACUUGGAUAUGUUCGGUUCAACUUGGGUCCAGAAUUACCUUCUCCAGUUUACUAAGAGCAAAGCUCAAGGGAACACUAGUUGGAUAGAGUAUUACUGUCGUGUUGGAAAAUUCCUUGUAGAUGCGGGCGUAUUUACUUGGUGGACAUUCUUUGCUUAUAAUGGUCUAGAUGCUGCACUAAAUUUUCAACUUGCGUUUGACUCUCUAAUUAUCGAUUUCUGCGAUAUAGAUUCAUUCGAAUUGUUGAGAAAACCUCUCUAUUCCGUUGCGGCUGAUUUACUGCUCAAAUCCCAGGAUAACUCAUUUUACCAAUUUCUUUCAAAUCUAUUGAAGAGGGGACAUAUUAUAGCUACAGAUUUGAUACCUGCAUCCAAUGAGAAAGAACUUUUAAAAUUGGUAUCCGUGUUUUCUAAAGCGUUGCAAAAAUACUCAUACCAAGACUUAUUAUCUACUCUUUUAGCCUUAGCCAAAAAUCAUUGUGAAGAUGGAGACAUCAGCAGAGAUUUUUUAGCAAAAUACCUGGAAUUUUUGAACAAAAAUUGCUUGACAGAGCUAAGAAACAACCAACUUUUCAUUACGCUAAGAAGAGAAUUUGGUGUAUCAAGUGAUGAAGAUGAAAAAUGUAGGUUUUGGAACUCCUUCAAUGAAUCAGGGGAUAUCCUGUCGAAAGUUGCUUUUGUUGAAGCUGGAGUUAUUCAAGCAUGUUGUGUUGCGGGGGAAUUUGAUGGAUAUCUUGAUAAAUUGAGCACUUUAUUCAACUCCGUCAUCUUGGAAAAUCCUUUUACAUUUUUUUCAGACCUGGUUAUUGCACACAUUUUUGAAGAUAGGCCCCCUUUUGACAUGAAUAUUAGGAACUUUCUUUUGUAUCAGUUCAUAACCCUCCUCAACAAAGUUUUAAGGAUGAAAUUCGAGCAAGUAUCUCCCGAUGAAUUUUCUGAGCUUUGCAAGCUACACAGGGCAUUAUGCAUUGAGUGCGUUACAGACGAUACGUUUAGUAAAAACAAAGAGCUCGUUAAUGAAAAAGCCGCUUUUUCAUCAUCUCUUUUGAGAAUAGCUGAUGGAUUUUGGGAACAUAGUAGGCUUUCACAGUUAGAUACGCUUAACAAAAGCAUGAAUGUACCCUGUCAAAUCCCACAUACUAGUGUUCAAAAUUCACUUUCUGUGAUUGUAAUAAAGAUAAUAGAGGAUAAUAUAGAACACAUUAAGGCAUCUGAACCUUUCAUACAAUUCAAAAGUACUUAA